CGGAGCUAAACUCUUGAAGUGUGCUAACGUUAGCUUAGCCGUGGAUGAUGCUCUGUCCUGUCCUGAGGACGUAAAUAAAAUGCGUUAUCUGUCGCUUUAUGCUAAUAGAAUUUGAUAUCUUCACAGUUUCAUAUGGUACAGUGUAUUUAGAGGCUAAUGGCAAACAUAAACAGUUAGCUUAGCAUAGGUAAACAAGUAAGACGGGCAACUUGAAGUUAAUUCACCUCGUAAGCGACAGAUCAAUAAUGCUAGGUUGAUUUCGUAAACAUUGGCCAAAAUUAACGUCAACGUUAGUUAUUUGUUCGCCGUUGGCUAAUGCUUCUCUUUAACAUCAACAUCAGUUACGUGCCUGGCAGAUAAUUUGCAAGAAUGUUUAUUUACCUAAGCAAGAAGAUUGCUAUUCCGAACAGCAUACGUUUGAAAUGUGUGUCCUGGAACAAAGAUCAGGGUUUCAUUGCAUGUGGUGGCGAAGAAGGACUUCUUAAAGUUCUGAAACUGGAAACUCAAACAGAUGAUGCCAAAUUAAAAGGACUUGCUGCACCCAGUAACCUCUCAAUGAAUCAGACUCUUGAAGGACAUAGUGGUGCUGUGCAAGUUGUGACAUGGAAUGAACAGUACCAGAAACUAACAACCAGUGACCAGAAUGGCCUUAUCAUUGUUUGGAUGCUGUACAAAGGCUCUUGGUAUGAGGAGAUGAUAAACAACAGGAACAAAUCUGUAGUACGGAGUAUGAGCUGGAAUGCCGAUGGCCAGAAGAUCUGCAUUGUGUACGAGGAUGGGGCAGUCAUUGUGGGGUCAGUGGAUGGUAACAGAAUAUGGGGAAAAGAGCUAAAGGGAAUCCAGCUGGCACAUGUGGCCUGGUCUCCCGACAGCAAGAUCCUUCUGUUUGGGAUGGCCAAUGGAGAAAUACACAUAUACGAUAACCAGGGGAACUUCAUUGUAAAAAUGACUAUCAGCUGUUUAAUAAAUGUCACUGGAGCCAUCAGCAUAGCAGGCAUUCACUGGUAUCCUGGAACAGAGGGUUACAUUGAGCCUGAUUGUCCAUGUCUUGCUGUCAUCUUCGACAAUGGAAGAGGACAGAUAAUGCGCUAUGAGAAUGAUGAAAAUCCAGUCCUGCUUGAUACUCAAAUGAAUGUGGCCAGUAUCCAGUGGAACCACUAUGGCAGCGUGCUUGCUGUGGCUGGAUGUCAGAAGAACAUCUCCUUGGAUAAAGAAGUAAACACAGUCCAGUUCUACACUCCUUUUGGAGAGCAUUUGCGUACACUGAAAGUCCCUGGGAAACAGAUGACGGCGGUAUCCUGGGAAGGUGGAGGAUUGCGUAUUGGAUUGGCCGUUGACUCCUUUAUUUACUUUGCAAACAUCAGACCUGAUUACAAGUGGGGUUACUGUUCCAACACAGUUGUGUAUGCCUACACAAGGCCAGAUCGUUUAGAAUACAGCGUGGUUUUCUGGGACACCAAGAACAAUGAAAAGUUUGUGAAGUAUGUGAAGAGUCUCAUGUCCAUCACUACCUGUGGGGACUUCUGUAUCCUUGCCACCAAGGCAGAUGACAACCAGCCACAGCAGACUCUUUUAGUUUCUGCACCUGGAUUCCUGCCAGACAUUGAGAGGGAAAGAGAAAAGUUGAAGGGUUAUCAGAAUGCAAUGAAGAAAGGUCCAGUUUCUUCUUCAGUAGGGCAAGGAACUAGCAAUGGCAAGGAGGAUGCAGAACCAGAAUCAGGCAAUGCAACGUAUGUGUUGGUCCUUUGUAAUUCUAUCGGGACUCCUUUGGACUCCAAGUACAUCGAUAUUGAUCCACUGUUUGUCACCAUGACGAAAACGCAUGUGAUCGCUGCGUCUAAGGAAGCCUUCUACACCUGGCAGUAUCGUGUUGCUAAGAAACUCACAGCCUUAGAGAUCAAUCAAGUUGCCAAGACCAGGAAAGAGGGAAGAGAGAGGGUAUAUCAUAUUGACGACACUCCAACAGGGACUACAGAUGGCACCUUUGACUUUGCCAAAGCCUUUGCUUUUACAGACUUUCAGCCUUUAAUUUCAAAGGCAACGAGAGACCCCAUCUGCUGCAUCACAGCCACAGAUAAAACACUGAUUGUGGGUCGGGAAUCCGGCCUUAUUCAGAGGUAUUCCCUUCCCAAUGUCGGACUUCUGCAAAAAUACACUCUGAACUACAGGGCAUAUCAGCUCUCCCUCAACUGUAAUUCCAGUCGUCUGGCCAUAAUCGACAUUGCGGGAGUGUUGACAUUCCUUGACCUGGAGUCGCGGUCAUCUUCAGGGGAUGGCUUAGCGGGUGAGCAGGCAACAGCAGCAGCGGGAGAUCCAUCCAAGUUUGAGCGCAAGGACGUUUGGGACAUGAAGUGGGCCAAUGAUAACCCAGACCUUUUUGCCAUGAUGGAGAAGACUAGGAUGUAUGUGUUUAGGAACCUGGACCCUGAGGAGCCAAUUCAAACAUCUGGAUACAUAUGCAACUUUGAAGACCUGGAAAUCAAGUCUGUUCUUCUAGAUGAAAUUAUGAAGGAUCCUGAGCGACCAAACAAAGAUUAUCUAAUAAAUUUUGAGAUACGCUCGCUGAGAGACAGCCGAGCGCUGAUAGAGAAAGUGGGAAUUGAAGAUGCCUCCCAGUUCAUUGAGGACAACCCACAUCCCAGACUUUGGCGUCUGCUUGCUGAGGCAGCCCUUCAGAAGCUGGAUCUAAAGACUGCCGAGCAGGCAUUCGUCCGCUGCAAAGACUAUCAGGGCAUUGAGUUUGUGAAACGCCUCGGCAACCUGCAGAGUGAAUCAAUGAAGCAGGCUGAGGUGGUGGCCUACUUUGGCCGGUUUGAAGAGGCCGAGAGGAUGUACCUGGAUAUGGACCGCAGAGACCUGGCCAUCAGCCUGAGGAUGAAGCUGGGAGACUGGUUCAGGGUUCUGCAGCUUCUGAAGACCGGUUCUGGUGACGCUGAUGAUGCUCUGCUGGAGCAGGCCUACAAUGCCAUUGGGGACUACUUUGCAGACAGACAGAAGUGGGUAAAUGCUGUGCAGUACUAUCUGCAGGGCCGAAAUCAGGAGAGAUUGGCAGAGUGCUACUACAUGUUAGAGGACUAUGACGGCCUGGAGAGAUUAGCCAACUCUCUUCCUGAGAACCACAAACUGCUUCCAGAUAUAGGUCAGAUGUUUGUAACAGUCGGUAUGUGCGAGCAAGCUGUGAAUGCCUACCUCAAAUGCAGCCAGCCCAAGGCCGCAGUGGAAGCCUGUGUACACCUGAACCAGUGGAACAAAGCAGUUGAGCUGGCCAAGGAUCACAACAUGAAGGAGAUUGGACCUCUCUUGGCCAAGUAUGCCUCUCACCUCUUGGAGAAAAAUAAGAGACUGGAAGCAGUGGAGCUGUACCGGAAGGCUCACCAUUUCCUGGAUGCUGCUAGGCUCAUGUUUAAGAUAGCUGAUGAAGAGGCCAAGAAAAGAACCAGGCCCCUGAGGGUGAAGAAGCUGUACGUACUAGCAGCGUUGUUGGUGGAAAAUUACCAUGAGCAGAUGAAGACCUCACAGCAAAGCAAGGCCAAAGGAAAGAAGUCAGAGGCAACAUCAGCGUUGGCUGGACUUCUGGAGGAGGAUGCAUCCUCGACAGAUAACCGCAUUGUGGACAAUGCCUGGCGAGGUGCAGAAGCAUAUCACUUCUUUCUGCUGGCACAGAGGCAGCUCUAUGACGGAAAUGUAGACUCUGCCAUGAAGACAGCCCUGCACCUGCGUGACUAUGAGGACAUCAUCCCUGCUGUGGAGAUCUACUCGCUGCUGGCCAUCUGCUCAUCGGCCAAUCGGGCGUUUGGCACUUGCUCUCGGGCCUUCAUCAAGCUGGAGUCCCUGGAGAGCUUGAGCCCCGAGCACCGGCAGAGCUACGAGGAUCUGGCCCUGGAGAUCUUCACCAAGUACCCGCCCAAGGACAACCGCAAGUCAGAGCUAGACAGCAUCUCUGAAGGGGUGGAUGGAAAGCUCCCUACUUGCAUCGUGACAGGGCGCAUUAUCUCCGAGUACCAGUUCUGGAUGUGCAGUACUUGCAAGCACUGUGCCAUGGAGCAGGACAUUAGCAGACACAAUUUCUGCCCCCUGUGUCACAGCACCCUCACAUGAAGGCCAAGAGUUAGUUAGUUCCGACUAACUAUUACCCCAAGUUUGUCCUCCCUCUUUAUGUUUUGGGUUGUCUUGCUCAACUUAUGAUUUUUUUUUUGCUCAAAGGCAAGGGGCUGCUCUAAGACACUCGUAAAAGGUUAUGAAUCAUAAUGGUUUGUUAGUUUUGCUGAUGUAUUAUGUAUCAAACAGUUACAAUGGUUCAGACCUACAAAUGAAUAGAAAAGUGUUUCAACAUUCCAGGUCUGUAAUGCUAUGAAGUUAAAUAUUUCUUAAGUGGACUGUUGAAGAUGCAAGUUUAGUUAGUAAGCUGUUAAUUUAGUGCAUUUUGAAAUGCAUGAUGGAAAGGGAUUUUUGUACUCCAUAUGUCUCAUUCAUUACAUUCAUUAUGGCUUUAUACAUUUAAUGAGCAACAGAACACAGGCCUUUUUGGGGGACCAAAAUAUCAACAUUUCCUUAGGACACGAGUCAGCUUUAUUAACAUUUCAUUAGAAUACAACAGUGUGAGAUUACUGAAUUGCAUUUUCAGGAAAGCAUUUAGUACUUUAUAUAUUGGCAUUCAAAAAUGUAGUUGCCUGCUUUUUAAGUGUAUUGUGGGUUCAGCUGAAAACAGGAUGACAUUAUUUUUCAUGUUUUUCAUUUAUUUUUGUACACUUUUUCAUUCUAUAUUUUUGCAUUUUAUAUAUAAAGCCAUACUUAAGCAUAACAAACAUGUAUUGUACCCAUACAUUUGAUAACAUUGUGGUACCCAUGAUUAAUUAUUAGAUUAACUAUAUUUGUGAUGAAAUGAACUAUAUUUGUGAUGAAAAAUUAAAAAGUGAAUUACUCUGCUGAA